AUGAUAUGCCCAUCGAUCUCUCCUGUGGCGCUGUGUUUCAGUCCCGCGACUUCUAUCAAGUGUCCUGGCGGCUCACUGAACACGACCAGCACCGCCGCUGCGGCUGCACUGCCGACAACGGUUGCCUCGCAGGGUAAGCUGCUGCGAUGGACCCCAUCGUCUACCGGAACGCUGGGGAACGCGCGGACCAACGUAUUGUUUGAAAUGACGGCUCUGGGCGGAGGUGCAUGCGGUACAGCUGGUGGCGGUGGUGCUUGCCCCACAGGGCCACGUGUGUUAUUCGAUGACGAAUUUCAUCCCUGCCACCACGACGCGGACUCGCCGCUUGUGCGGAAGACGCUUUUUGGCUCGCCCCAGCAAUCCCUCGUCCACCGCCUGAACGACAGCGCGGAAACCGCUGAGAUCAGCAUCAUAGUCCUCGAGGAGACAUGA